AUGACAGAAGAGGACAAGAAGAACAUCACCAGGCUCCAGGAUUUGGUUGAUAAGCUGCAGCUCAAGAAAUUAGGAACAUUACAUCAUCUCAGCACAGCCAAGGGUGAGCAGAAAACAACCGCCACCAUGAGUACGGACGCGGAGAUGCAGAUUUACGGCAAGGCGGCCGUCUACCUUCGUAAACCAGAGAAGGAGAGGAUUGAGGCUCAAAGUGCUCCCUUUGAUGCCAAGAGCGCCUGCUACGUGGCUGAUGUCAAAGAGCUGUACCUCAAGGCUAAAAUCAUCAAGAAGGACGGUAACAAAGUCACAGUCACUGUGUUGGACACUCAGGAGGAGAGAACAGUUAAAGAAGAGGACGUCUGUCCCAUGAACCCUCCCAAGUACGACAAAAUUGAGGACAUGGCCAUGAUGACCCACCUUAAUGAAGCCUCUGUGCUUUAUAACCUCAAAGAGCGUUAUGCAGCAUGGAUGAUCUACACCUACUCUGGGCUGUUCUGUGCGACUGUCAACCCCUACAAGUGGCUGCCAGUGUACGACAUGGAAGUCGUCAAUGCCUACAGAGGCAAGAAGCGUAUGGAGGCUCCACCCCACAUCUUCUCCGUCUCUGACAACGCUUUUCAGUUCAUGCUUUGUGAUAGGGAGAACCAGUCUGUCUUGAUCACCGGAGAAUCUGGUGCUGGAAAGACUGUGAACACCAAGCGUGUCAUUCAGUACUUUGCCACAAUCUCUGUUGGUGGUGGUGAGAAAAAACAGUCAUCAAAGAUACAGGGUUCCCUGGAGGAUCAGAUUAUUGCAGCCAACCCACUUCUGGAGGCUUAUGGUAAUGCCAAGACUGUGAGAAACGACAACUCCUCUCGUUUUGGUAAAUUCAUCAGAAUUCAUUUCGGCACAACUGGUAAACUGGCUAGUGCUGAUAUUGAAACUUAUCUGCUGGAGAAGUCUAGAGUAACAUACCAGCUUGAACAGGAGAGAGGCUACCACAUCUUCUUCCAGAUGAUGACCAACCACAAGCCUGAGAUCAUUGAAAUGUGUCUCAUUACAUCCAACCCAUACGACUUCCCCAUGUGCAGCAUGGGUCAAAUUACUGUUGCUAGCAUUGAUGACAAAGAGGAGCUGGAUGCAACUGACAAUGCCAUUGACAUCCUGGGCUUCACCGCUGAGGACAAGGUGAGCAUCUACAAAACGACAGGUGCUGUCCUCCACCACGGAAACAUGAAGUUCAAGCAAAAGCAGCGUGAGGAGCAGGCUGAACCAGAUGGCACUGAGGAUGCUGACAAAGUUGCUUACCUGCUGGGUCUGAACUCUGCGGAAAUGCUUAAGGCGUUGUGCUACCCCAGAGUCAAGGUCGGAAAUGAGUUUGUCACCAAGGGACAGACAGUGCCACAGGUGAUGAAUUCUGUACCUGCCCUGGCCAAGUCCAUCUAUGAAAGGAUGUUCUUGUGGAUGGUCAUCCGCAUCAACCAGAUGUUGGACACCAAGCAACAGAGAAACUAUUUCAUUGGUGUCUUGGACAUUGCCGGCUUUGAAAUCUUUGAUUUCAACACCUUGGAGCAGCUGUGCAUUAACUUCACCAAUGAGAAACUGCAACAGUUCUUUAACCACACCAUGUUCGUCCUGGAGCAAGAGGAGUACAAGAAGGAGGGUAUUGUCUGGGAGUUCAUUGAUUUCGGCAUGGACUUGGCUGCCUGCAUUGAGCUGAUUGAAAAGCCCAUGGGCAUCUUUGCCAUCCUUGAAGAGGAGUGCAUGUUCCCCAAAGCCUCAGAUACAACCUUUAAGAACAAGCUGUAUGAUCAACAUCUUGGCAAGAACAAGGCGUUUGAGAAGCCUAAACCAGCCAAGGGCAAGGCUGAGGCCCACUUCUCCCUGGUGCACUAUGCUGGAACUGUGGACUACAACAUUACUGGCUGGCUGGACAAGAACAAGGACCCCCUGAACGAGUCUGUUAUCCAGCUGUACCAGAAAUCUUCAGUCAAACUUAUGCCUGUUCUGUAUCCCCCGGCUGUUGAAGGUUUGAUGGAGAACUUCCUGGUCAUCCACCAGCUUAGAUACAAGGUACUGAAUGCCAGUGUUAUCCCUGACGGUCAGUUCAUUGACAACAAGAAGGCUUCUGAGAAGCUGCUGGGAUCCAUUGAUGUCAACCAUGAUGAGUAUAAAUUUGGACACACUAAGGUGUUCUUCAAAGCUGGUCUAUUAGGUGUUCUUGAGGAGAUGAGAGAUGAAAAACUUGCAAGUCUUGUCACAAUGACACAGGCUUUGUGCCGUGGAUACCUCAUGAGAAGGGAGUUUGUGAAGAUGAUGGAGAGAAGGGAGGCUGUCUACACCAUUCAGUACAAUAUCCGCUCAUUCAUGAAUGUCAAGCACUGGCCAUGGAUGAAGGUGUACUAUAAGAUCAAGCCCCUCCUGAAGAGUGCUGAGACUGAGAAGGAACUUGCCAAUAUGAAGGAGAAUUAUGAGAAGAUGACCACUGACUUGGCUGCGGCACUUGCCAAGAAGAAGGAGCUUGAGGAGAAGAUGGUUUCCCUUCUGCAGGAAAAGAAUGACCUGCAGCUCCAAGUGUCUUCUGUAAGAAAAUAG